AUGUUCGUCGAUUUGCUGCUGUUGGCGACAUUGCUCAUGUUAGAGGCGGAUGCUCUGGUCCGAGAGAACGGGAAUGUAAGUUUUCUAUUUUAUAGCCUGGUCGCAGCUUCCAAUUUGACGCUGAUUUAUACCGAAACAACCAUUAACCCUUCCCAGGGAAGACUACCAGCUUUAGGCUGGAACUCAUGGAACGCAUUCGAGUGUGACAUUGACGCAGUCAAGAUCAUGGUGGCGGCGAAUCAUAUGGUCAACCUUGGACUGAAGGACGUGGGAUACGAAUACGUGAACAUCGAUGAUUGCUGGAGUGUCAAAUACGCCCGAAACGCAAGCAACAAUCGGAUUAUCCCAGACCCUGGCAAGUUCCCCAAUGGCAUAGUUGGAGUUGCAGAACAAGUGCAUGCGCUGGGAUUGAAGAUUGGUAUUUACAGCAGUGCAGGUGAAACUACAUGCGCUGGAUAUCCCGCCAGUCUAGGAUAUGAGACUGUGGACGCAGAGGCAUUUGCAGAAUGGGGAAUUGACUAUCUCAAAUACGAUGACUGCGGCGUGCCCCCGGAGUGGAAAGACGAAUACACGGGCUGUGUUCCUGACAGCGACGAAGAUCCCUCCAGUUGGAAUUUUCCAAAUGGCACUUGUCCUGAUCUUGUGGACCCUGCUCCUGAAGGAUACGACUGGACGACGUCGAAGACACACCAACGCUAUAUCAACAUGCGGGAUGCAUUGCUGAAUGUGAAUCGGACAAUUCUAUACUCAUUGUGUGAUAUGGGCCAUGCCAAUGUGAACACCUGGGGCAAUUCAACUGGCAACUCGUGGCGCAUCACCAAUGACAUAAAGCGUAAGUGCGAUCUCUGCUCAUCACACGGUUAUCCAGCUCAACAUUCUCUAGCGGAAUGGGUGCGCAUAUCAGAGAUUGCAAACGAGAAUACAUUCCUACUGGACUACGUCGACUUCUGGGGCCAUCCCGACCCUGACAUGUUGGAAGUGGGUAAUGGAAACCUCACACUGGCCGAGAAUAGGGCUCACUUUGCCCUGUGGGCAAUAAUGAAGUCACCUCUACUCAUUGGCACGCCGGUAUGUGGAAUUAAUUAUCUCCCGAUUUCAGCACCAACUAAUAUGUCAAAAGCUCGAUUCGAUUCACCACCAACAUCUGGCCAUUUUGAAAAACAAGUAUCUGCUUGCAUUCCACCAGGAUCCUAUCAUUGGACGCCCUGCUCUUCCUUAUAA